ACCAGGUUCCGGAAGACUCGCCCACCAGCGUGCGAAUUCUGCAGAAUGGCGAGCCGGGGCCUCAGGCCGGAGCACCGUGGUCCCCCGGAGUUGUUUUAUGAUGAAAAUGAAGCCCGGAAAUACGUCCGCAACUCUCGGAUGAUUGAUGUCCAGACCAAGAUGGCAGAGCGAGCACUGGAGCUCCUUUGUCUGCCUGCGGGUCAGCCCUGCUACCUGUUGGAUAUUGGCUGUGGGUCUGGGCUGAGCGGAGAUCACCUCUCUGAGGCAGGGCACCAGUGGGUGGGCAUUGACAUCAGCUCGUCCAUGCUGGAUGCAGCCUUGGACCGUGACACAGAGGGAGACCUGCUUCUGGGGGACAUGGGCCAGGGUCUCCCAUUCAAACCAGGCUCCUUUGAUGGCUGUAUCAGCAUCUCUGCCGUGCAGUGGCUCUGUAAUGCCAACAAGAAGUCUGACAUCCCUGCCAAGCGCCUGUACUGCUUCUUUUCUUCUCUGUACUCAGUUCUCGUCCGUGGAGCCCGAGCAGUCCUACAGCUGUACCCUGAGAACUCGGAGCAGCUGGAGCUGAUCACAACACAGGCCACAAAGGCCGGCUUCACGGGUGGCGUGGUGGUUGACUAUCCCAACAGCGCCAGAGCAAAGAAGUUCUACCUUUGCCUGUUUUCUGGGCCUUUGACUUCUCUGCCAAAGGGGCUCACAGAGAACCAGGACACGGCGCAGGCCACGGAGUCAGCAUUCACGCACCUGAGGCUUCCUCACAGGACCUCGAGGCGGGCCGUGGUGAGGAAGAGCCGCGAGUGGGUGCUGGAGAAGAAGGCGCGCCGCCGGCGCCAGGGCAAGGACGUCAGGCCCGACACGCAGUACACCGGUCGCAAGCGCAGGCCCCACUUCUGAGGGGCCCCGAGCCGCCCUGUGGAGCCGCCGGCCACAGCUGCCCAGGCACUACCCAGAGCUCUGCAGUGGGCAGUGCCUUUUCAUCUGUACAGAAGCACCAAGGACACCUGAUCUUGUUCUGGAAGGAAUAAAUGACUUUUUGUGGA